GGCAACAGAGAGGAUUCUGGGAUACUGGAGGACUUCCGCAACACUCUGGUUGCCAAGGAGGAUCACAUAUUGGGGAUCUACUUUUGUUGUUGUUUUUCGUAUAACAUAUUUAAUCUUGCUUUAUUAGUAUUAAACAUCCACAUCUCAUCUAUAAAUGGGACAAUUGUCAUGUAAUCAUUUCCCGUGCUAGCAGCUAUUGUUCUUGUCUUUUAAUGCCAGUAAUUCCGCCAGAUGGCGCCAGCGUGAAGCAAUUGACUGACAACAAGUGCGACUCCUCGGUUGUUUACAAUCCGCGUUGUCAUAGACAUGGAAGCCAGCUAACUAACCAGCCAGCCAGCCAGCCAGCCAACCAGCUAACCAGCCAGCCAACUAACCAGCCAGCCAACUAACCAGCCAGCUAACCAGCUGACCAGCCAGCUAACCAGCUAACCGCAGCUAAACAAAACGUGGUUUGAGUCCAUUUCUACCAAAAUUGAAGAUGAUGAACAUCAGCAACCGAGCAUUGGAUAGACUCUACUCUGUUCUCCUCCUGGCCGUGGUGGUACUGUCGUGGACCUACGUCAUCUAUGGGAGUAGAAUAGCAGCACAGAGACAGUUGGAGAAGAGACUCAACAUCAAACUACACAACUAAAGCACCAGCGGCUAGCUCAACUCCAAUACACUAAAGUCUGGAGUUAUGAAUGGGCAUUCCCAAGACAAAGUCAAGACCCCUGGACGAGUCUCCAUCCCAUUGCUGUGAUGAAGUCUGUCUUUACUGACCAGCUGCUCUUUCUGUCUCAUUUAUACUCCACCAUGCUGAAUGCUUUGUUACCAUGUUAGUUUGUCUUAGUGAGUCAUAUUUUUCAUAUUGUGCAAAAUUAUUUUUAUUAAUAAAAAUGGGGAAAAAAACUAA